GAUCAUACCCCAAUCAGCCCCCAUAGUAAACUGUGCUUGUGUACUUCUGCAGCUGUUGCGAAAGCACCUUUGUGCAAACUAAAAGUGCUAAAAGUAAUAUUGUGGCAGCUCUGCUGCACUUCGCGACUUGUAGGUAGAUAACACCUAUGAACGUUGGAUAACACACAAGGUAGAAACAGAUCAGUUCGAGGAACCUAGGAAAUCCGCAUGUCAAGUCAGCGUCGACAUUCCGUUUGAUUAGCCAAGUUGAACGAUCCAGUGAAAGAGGACGAAGAAAUUGGAAUACGAAAGGUGCAUGUGCUGCCGUUCUCGGACUCGCACGCACAGAGCUUGAUGAGAAUCCUGAUUCGUCCUGCCAAAUGUGUACCUUACGGGAUGAGUGGUGUAGGAUGAUGAAAGUGGCGUUAGUUGUUUUGUUCUUCUUUAUUAACCGGGCGCAAUCUGCAGAAUAUGCAGUCAUUACAGCUGACGUCGAUAAUGAAAUGCACCAGUACUGUAUGGUGUACUUUUCAGAGUUUAAAGAGUUGCCCGAAAACCCUGACAAAAUGGGAUACAUGCAGCUUGUUAAUUUAACUUCCCAAGAUGGAUGUAAGAAACUACGCUCUGUUAAUCUGCAUGGAAAGAUAGCACUCAUCAAACAGACCAAUAACUGUACCUUUGACAAAGUUGUGCUUCAUUACAAGGCAGCCCACGCUUACGGCAUCAUAUCGGCAACGCCACGAACCAGAGUUGAUGGUAUUAUCUUCGACUCCAAUGACACGAGGCAUCUAGGGAUUGUUGUUGGAUUUGUGCCCGACACAACUGCUGUAUCUUUGUUGAGCCUGAUGAAGCCCAAACAACCUCUGAUGGUGAAGAUGUUCACCAAAAAGAACCUAGCCUUCGAUUUUAGCUUAGUGAUAAUCUGGGUAGUGGCAGUCUUCACCGUUGCAGUGGGAUCCUACUGGUCUGGGCUCGUCAAGCAUGAACUAUAUCAGCAUGAGGUUGGGCGUUGCACAAGUACAACACAUGCAACAGAAGGGGAUGACAGAACGGUAUCCAAAGCAGAGAAUCCACUUGAUGAAGAAAGCUCGCUGAAUGUGUCUCCAAUUCUGGUCACACUGUUUGUCAUCUGCAUGGGAGCCAUGCUGCUUCUACUUUACUUCUUCUUCCAGUACUUGGUGUUCUUCAUCAUUGGCAUGUUUGCAUUGGCAUCAGUAGUCUCCAUCAUUGGUGUCUUGGAACCCUUCAUCUACAUGAUUCCUAUAGGAACAACAAGAAUUCCGAAGACUCUCUGUCCGUGCUUUCACGGGCCACUAGAAAUCCGUCAGUUAGCCCUGAUUAUGUUCGCCAUAUCACUGUCAGUCUCCUGGGUGGUGCUCAGACACCAUUCCCAGUCAUGGAUUCUGCAGGACCUCCUUGGAGUGGCCUUUAGCAUCAAUAUGCUCAAGACGCUGCGCUUGCCUAGCCUCAUGAUUUGCACUGUACUUUUGGUGCUGCUAUUCUUCUAUGACAUAUUCUUUGUGUUCAUCACACCAUUUCUGACCAUGAAAGGUGACAGCAUCAUGGUGGAAGUAGCUAAAGGAGGUGGCUCCCAGGAACAACUGCCAAUGGUGUUGAGGGUGCCUCACUUCAGCAAUGAAGCCCUUGCUGUUUGCCUCAGUCAGUAUUCCUUGUUAGGCUUUGGUGAUAUCCUCGUACCAGGCCUCCUAGUUGCCUACUGCCACGGGUUUGACCUGGUUGCAGCGAAGGGACGCUAUUACUAUUUGACUUCAACAUUCUUCUACGGAGUUGGGCUAGUGGCUACCUUUAUGGCCCUGUACAUGAUGAAGAUGGCUCAACCUGCCCUACUGUACUUGGUUCCCGCAACAUUGGUCCCAACUGUGUGUUUGGCAUUGUUCAGGGGCCAGUUCAGUGAAAUCUGGCAUGGCGUCAAGCCUCCAGUAAAUGCAUCCACAGCAGCAGCAGCUGCUGCUUCUGGCAACAUCCAAGUUGUGAGUGCAGGUUGCCCAGAAACACCAUCGCAAUUUGUCAACGAUGCUGUGUCAUCCCAUUCAGCUCCACCCAGCCCAGGGCCAGGCCACUCUAUGGAGGCCCCCCUGCUGGGGCCAUCCCACAGGAAGAUGCAUGCAUCUUCCCGCACUUCAGGCAACACACCAUCUCAGGCUCCAUCCAAUCCCUUUUGUAUUCCGUCCCAAACUCCAUCCAAUAUCCCAUCUCGUGCCAACUCCCCUCCUCAUACACCUCCUCAUCUCAAGUCACUGCCACAAGGUUUAGCAGCCUCUAAUGCUGCAGGUAUAGAUGGUAUUGGUGCAUCUCACACAAGGGCUGAGUCUUCAAAGACUGCCAAGCAGAGCAAGUCUCCUUCUGCUAAGAGCCUUUAUCCUGAUAAGCAGAAAGGAAGAAAGAACACAAUUUGAUGAGAUGGACACCAAACAGUGCCUUUGUAUUCCCUGAACAAUCUGUAGUGGACAAGCAUCAGUCAAUUGAUAACUGUGAAAACUGUGUGAAACCAUGCGAUACAGAUCUCUUGCAUUCAAUAGGAUUAUGAAUAGUGUUGCAAAAAUAUGCCAACCUUGCUUUUGAGUUGUGCUAUUCCGGUGCUGUUCAGCAGGGUGUAAGAGAGCGAGACACAGUCCAGUGAGUAUUAUAUCUAGUGCUUCAUAUUACACAACUGAUAGUAUGCAGAUUUGUAGAAAAAUUGCUUUAUUUGCUAUGAGCAACAUCACUCAAUAAAGAUGUCACAUUUUUAACCAAAAAUGUUUGUGGAAUUCGCAGAUGUGUGACCUGCCAGUGACGUCCAUUUAAAUGUGUAGGAUAUUCGUUAUGAAAAUGCAUUCGAUGGAAAUGAG